AGGCACAGAAGCCUUGAGAGCGGCGGCGAGCCGUGGUCACUCUGCGCCGCGGCCCCUUGUGGGAAACGGAGUUCCGGCGCGCGCCUCCCUUUCCCUUGCCGCGGUGCUUUGUGGGGCGGGUAGUUCCGGUUCCUGUGGCGCUGGUGGAGGAGCGGUCUACACCCGCAGCAGCAGCAGCAGCACCGCGGCCGGAGGAGCCGCCGUUGCCUCGCUGUGGGACUGGGAGCCGGGAGGCCUUGUGGGAUCUGUAGUUCCGGCUGGCUCGGGCCCUCCGGGGGAGGCCGCAGCCGCGCCGACCAUGCCCGGGUUCACGUGCUGCGUCCCCGGCUGUUACAACAACUCGCACCGGGACAAGGCGCUUCACUUCUACACCUUCCCGAAGGAUGCGGAGCUCCGCCGCCUCUGGCUGAAGAACGUGUCGCGGGCCGGCGUCAGCGGCUGCUUCAGCACCUUCCAGCCCACCACGGGGCACCGCGUCUGCUCCGAGCACUUCACCGGCGGGCGCAAGUCCUACCUGGUGCGCGUGCCCACCAUCUUCCCCCUGCGCGGAGUCAACGAGCGGAAGGGGAACCGCGGAGCCCGCCGCGCCCGCCACGCCCCCACCCUGGUCCCGCAGCCCGCGGCCGUAGCCGCGGCCCAGUCCGCGGUCCUCUUGGCUUUGCAAGAGGGAGCAGCCGGCGCCGAUCCUGGGCAGGGGGCCCCGCGAGGGAUCUCUGCGGAGGAUGUCAAGCCCAUCGACCUGACGGUGCAGGUGGAGCUGGGGGGCCCCGGCGGGGCCUUGGUGGGGGCCCCUGUCCGGCUGGCCUUCCUGGCCGAGAACGGGCCCCUGCUGGACAGCCCGCCAGACCACUCUUACUCGCUGUCCUCGGGCACCACCUCGGAGGAGCUGCUGCGCAAGCUCAACGAGCAGCGGGACAUCAUUGCCCUGUUGGAGGUGAAGAUGAAGGAGAUGAAGGGCAGCAUCCGCCGCCUGCGCCUGGCCGAAGCCCAGCUCCGCGAGGAAAUCCGAGAGAAGGACCGGCUGCUGCAUGCCGCCAGCGCGGCAGGUGGGGCUCGCAAGCGCCACGGCCUCUGAGAUGUGCCCGCCGCGUAAUCUGGAGUCCUGCUCUUGGAGUCGGGUGUCUCUGCGGGGCAGGGGACGGACACAAGUGUACACAGCCAAUUCCAGAUGAGCGCGACGAUGGCAUCAAAUGCCCAAGGCGGGCAACGCGGGGGGCAGAAGCUGUUGAAAGGACCAGUGGUGCUCCACAGCCUGGUUUGGGAUUGCUGCCCGAGCUAUGGCUCUGGCCGCUUCCAAUUUGGGCCUACACUGUGACAGGCAGGGGGCCAGUUCUAGACCGCUUGCUGACAUAAUUUCUCUCUUCCGUCAGGAAGCCCAGGCUGGCGUGUGGCACACUUAACUGGACUUACACACUCACCUUUUACGUGUACCCCUGUGGGAGCUACCCACCAGAAUGUGGCUCUGACAGUCUUUGGAAAACAAAACUGGGUACAGACUGGAUUAUUGGCUGCCAGCUGAAACUGUAGCCCUUGCACCCACAUACUGUUCAAAACACUGGCGGCAGACAGCAGCUGAUAUGGUACUCCAAUGCGGCUGAUUCUGUUGUUAAUUGGUCCAUUUUUAGCAACCCUAGGAAACGCCUCUGAUAAAGCUGGGCAGCUACAAUGAGUGGGCUUAGCACCAUGAACUCCUGCCUCCAGGAAUCAAAUUAAACUUAAUACAAAGCAAACUUGGGGGAGUGGAAAUUGUUGUUCAAAUUGUUGUUCUUUGAGGCAAACACACAUGAAGUAUCAAGCAUUGACUCUAGAGUAACCUAACAAGUCAUAAUGGUAUUUAUGGCCUUGUACCUGGACUGUUCUGCAGUUAAGGUUAUAUGGAUCAACACCUUAGAAACCAUGGUCACCCAUACAUUUUGCUUGUCCCCUUUUAUGAAAGACGAGAGGGGGCAAAAUAGAACAUUGUAGCAGAUUUUUUCCCCCUUGCAGAAGUUUGCCAUUUUUGGUGUCAAAUUUCAUUCUUCACCAUUAAAGAAUGUCUAGUCUGCAUUCUUGCAUUACAGAUGUCAUUUGCUGUUCUGCCUUUGUUUCUCUAUUGGUAGGGAUUAUUGUGGCCGUGCUAUAAUUGGAUAGCUCCAUGCUUUUCAUGGCAUUCAACAACUGCUUCAUUUCACUGCUGCAGUUAUUGGAUUUCCUUUGCCAUAACCAAUGCUGUGUGGUAUAUUUAAUUUUUUCCUUCUAAGUGCUCUGAGAUGUAGUCUGGCUAACAUCACAAGAAGUUCAUUUUCCAGAAGCCCUGUAAAUCUUCCCUGUACCCAAAUCGGUUAGCAUAGCUAGCAAUCUGUUUGGAGGUUGGAAAACUUUGAAUGCACAAGUGUGGACUGAUGAGUGAGUUUGCAAGAAACCCUUGCACUCUUCUGAUUUUGAAUAGUAAUGCUUGGCUUGCAUUCCAAUGGACACUUGAAUAUUAUUCUUAUUAAAGAUGGGAGGGGAUUAAAAAGAAGGCCGGCCUACAACCUGGUUCACUAAUGAAUUGAAUGAGCCUCCUCUAGCUGUGUGCAGAACCAAAUACAGUAGGUGCUUCUGUUGAAUGGGUUCAGUGUAUUUUUUGAUGAUACGCUUUGGACAAGAUUUCUCCACUGUGUGUUCCAUACAGCUGUGCAGAGGAUAGCUGACAAUGGUGGAAAAAAUAAUAAUAAUGAAUAAGAGUUCUUGGCUUUCUCAGACCCUUCUAUUCUUAAAUAACACUGCAUCUGCAAAAGCGUGGAUUGGCUCACAUGGUUUGGUGGACUUCAUGCAUUUCUAAAUGUAAAAACCAUUUUUGUUGGAACUACUGUGACUUGCUGAGAUGGGUUACUGUCAGAAUGGCCACUAGUUGUUGUUUUUUUAACCUUUUUUUGUUAAGGUAUUUUUAUAUUUUAUAUGUAACAAUUUCAAACUACUACAAGGAUAUAUUACGUAUAUAUGUGGCGCAUACCAGCAACAACAAAAGUGAGGAGGAGCAGACUAUUUAAUGAAAACAAUUCAAAAGUUUGAAAAUACACAAUACAAGAACAUUUCUUACAUGUCCUUUGUUCUUCUUUUAUUAUAUAUAUAUAGGUCAUAAGACCUGUCCAGUUCUUUUCUUUUCUGGAGCAUGUUUGAUUGACAGCAGUUUGUCAGAUACAGCAACAGAAUAUAAGCCCUAAUCUUUUGUUGACUCAAGGAUGCUCUGCUAUAGCCCUUGAGGAAUUGGUCUGUUGUUUGAACAAGGUAGUGGACUGUAUCCAGCUAAGUGACUAGAAGAUUCUGCAACAUCAUUAAACUUGUACCAUUAUUUUUGGAUUUAAUUGCUAAUUUCCUCCAAGUGUAGUAGAUUGUUAAGGCAGCUCCAUGCUGCUAAGGAGGUGGGGAAAGGAAUUUCAGAUACAUUUGCUGUGUUUCUCAUUUAGGUCAGGUUUGGUCAUUCAUCUUUCAUUUUGCUCUCUGUACAUCUGUUGAGACGUCAGGCAGCACACUGGUUUUCUCUCCUUGUAAAUAAGACUGCAUUCUAGCUGGCUGAGAGUGUUUCAAAAGUGUGUGUUGUGGCAGUCGUGGUACUUUUCUACCAUCAUUAUGCACUAAAAUAUGUUCAGUUGAUUGGAUUGCUGGACUAGUUAUCUGUUGGACUGUUCUUCUUUCCUGGUUAUCCUGAGGUGCUAACAAACAUGCUUAAUUUGAAUAAAGUCUAUUUUGUUUUGUUA